CUGAAUAUAUGCUGAUGGCUGCUGCGGCCUGCCAAGUGCCAAUAUCAGUGGUGAAGCCCGGAUCGGCGUUUCUACUCCGAAUCUUGGAAAAUGGCUUCCAGCGAUGGAAUUCCACCACCGGCAGUUCCUGGUUUUCCACCAGCACCACCUGCAUUUGUACCUCCAAUGAUGCCAGCAGCUCCAUUCAUACCUCCUCCAAAUAUACCUCCAGGUCCUCCAGGAAUAAUGCCGCCACAGUUUUCUAUACCUCCACCAGGAUUCGGGUUUCCUUUAGCAGGUCCUCCAGAUCCAAGCGUAAUAGUUGCUCCUCCACAUAUUACAGCACCUGGUGUGGCUCCUCCUGCACCUACAGCUGCAGAUAUUGCAACAAAAGCUUUGGCAGAGAAAAAGUGUGAUUGGACUGAACAUAAAGCACCUGAUGGUCGUACAUAUUACUAUAAUAGUGUAACAAAGCAAUCUUUGUGGGAAAAGCCAGAUGAACUGAAGUCCCCAAGUGAACUGUUAUUAUCACAAUGCCCAUGGAAGGAGUACAAAUCAGAAAAUGGUAAAGUUUACUAUCACAAUGUUAAUACUAAGGAGUCCAGAUGGAUUAUUCCACCGGAAUUGGAAGAGUUGAAAACCAGAAUCGCAGCAGAAGAAGCUGCAGCCGUAGCAGCAGCUGCUGUUGCUAGUGCUACAAAUACUGGUGGUGUACCUUUGCAUCAUUUAUCCCCUAGUUUGGGUGUGAUGACAACCACUAGUACUCCCGAAUCAGGAGGUAAAUCUGCUAUUGAGCAAGCAAUGGCGGCUACUUUGGCAGCUAUAAAUCUUCCAACACCACCAUCAAAAGCAGAUGAAGAUAGUAAUUCUGCGAAAGGUUCGGCAGGUGGUAGUAGAAAUAGUACACCUGAACCAAAAAUGCAAUUCAAAGAUAAAAAGGAAGCAAUAGAAGCUUUUAAAGAAUUACUCAGGGAGCGAGAUGUUCCAUCUAAUGCAACGUGGGAACAAGCAGUCAAAAUGAUCCAGAAUGACCCGCGUUAUCCUCAAAUGAAAAAGUUGAAUGAACGAAAGCAAGCAUUUAAUGCUUAUAAAACCCAAAAACUGAAGGAAGAAAGAGAACAGGAAAGAUUGCGGCUCAAGAAGGCAAAAGAAGAUUUAGAACAAUUCUUAUUAGACAAUGAACGAAUGACAAGUACAACUAAGUAUUAUAAGUGUGAAGAAAUGUAUGGAAGUUUAGAAUUAUGGAGAGCAGUAGGUGAUUCAGAUCGUCGUGAUAUAUAUGAAGAUGUUAUUUUUAAUUUAGCAAAACGAGAAAAAGAAGAAGCGAAGCAAUUAAAAAAACGCAAUACGAAAAGAUUAGCUGAAGUUUUGGACAUUAUGACGGAUGUCACGUAUAAGACGACUUGGCAAGAAGCUCAGGCUUUACUUCUUCGGCAUUCAGCUUUUGCAGAAGAUGCAGCUUUAUUGCAAAUGGACAAAGAAGAUGCUUUAUUAGUGUUUGAAAAUCAUAUUCGACAGUUGGAAAAAGACGAGGAAGAAGAGAAAGAACGCGAAAAGAAACGAAGAAAACGUCAGGAACGAAAAAAUAGAGAUGGAUUCAUAAGUUUAUUAGAUGAACUACACGAACAAGGAAAACUGACAUCGAUGUCUUUGUGGGUUGAAUUAUAUCCUAUGUUGUCUGCAGAUCUCAGGUUUUCAGCUAUGCUUGGACAACCAGGUUCCACGCCUCUAGACCUUUUUAAAUUCUAUGUUGAAGAUCUUAAAUCGCGAUUCCACGAUGAAAAGAAAAUUAUACGGGAAAUUUUAAAAGAAAAGAAUUUCGAAGUACAAGUCAAUACAACUUUCGAAGAAUUUGCUACUGUUGUUUGUGAAGACCGGAAAUCGGCUACGUUGGAUGCAGGUAACGUGAAAUUGACGUAUAAUCUGCUACUGGAAAAAGCCGAAGCUAGAGAAAAAGAACGCGUCAAGGAAGAAACGCGAAAAUUCAAAAAACUAGAAACCGGCUUCAAGAAUUUACUAAAAACUAUCGAAGUUAACCAUCAAAUGGCGUGGGAGGAUGUUCGAACCAAAUUAGAGGAAGAGCCUGAUUUUAAAGCUAUUACGCUUGAAAGUGAAAGGAUUAGAAUUUUUAAGGAAUAUCAGCACGAACUUGAAGAAAGUUGCAGCCACCAUCACAUCAGGAGUAAAAAGAAGAAAGCGAAAAAACCUAAGAGAAGAUCACGGUCAAAGUCACAUAGCGAAUCCGAAGGAAGUGACAAAGGAAUGAAAAAGAAAAGACAUAGGUCACGAUCCACUAGCGUUGUUAGCAAAUCCGAUAGUUCAGAGUCGGAUGCACGAAAGACCAAGAGGAAAAAGAACAAGAAAAAGCGCGGAAGAAGUCAAUCUAGAUCAAUUUCGAGGAUCCCGUCGUCAGAAGAAUCCCCAGAUAGAAGAAGAAAGGAGGACAAGCAUCGCCGGUCAUCUGCUCAGAGUGAAGGUUCUAUCAAUGAGAAUGCGCAUCAAGAGCUAUCAGAGGAUGAACUUGAAAAGCAAAGAGCGCAAUUACUGCGAGAACUUCAAAUGCAACACGAAGAAAAUUGAUAAUCUAUUAUCAAGGAAAAAAUUAUAAACGGUUCAUAGACAAAUGCACCGUUAUAUAAUUAUUUUCUUAUGCAUUGAAUCAUGCAUAUUAUAUGCUUUUUGUAUUUAAAAAAUUACAAAUUACUGAAUGUUAAUUUUAUUUACUUAAAAAAAUUCUUUAGUAUUCGUGAACUGCCUAAGAUUAUCGAGAAUCACACUUUUAUUUUGAUUAAAAAACCCAUUAUUGAAGUUUAAAAAAUACGGUAAAACUUUGAAUUAUUAUAAAAUUAAUUCUGUCAAUAUUUGACUAAAUGUUUAUAUUUUUAAGCAGUUUGCUAAUAGUAAAUAAGAAUUUAGUUUAUAAGAGGUUUUUCUUGUAAUUGUAUUUGGUAUAGAUGCAAAAAUAGAUUUGUACAUUAAAGACAACGCGAAGUAAUAUUUUAUAAGAUGUCAGAAAAAAAGUUAUUUAACCAUUAUGAAUUUGUAUUGUGCAUAACUUGUUCUGAUACGUGACAUAAUGUAAAUAAAGCAUACAUUAACUAAAACUGCGUUUUGGAAUGUUAUCAAGUUUUUCUUCAAUUUUUUUCACUUUUGACUUGUGGAAUUAGCAUUCGGUUGUAAUUAUAGAAUAUUGGCUUUUCAACCGUUAUUUAUUUAUCGUUCGACGGUGAUACUACUUUUUCUUUAAAUUUAUAUUUAUAUAGAAAAUACAUAAACUUUGGUAAAUAUACGUGAUUACAUGCAGAAUUAAAAACUGACACUUUCGUAUAAUUGUGCAACAAAGCUUUUUGCCGUGGAAGAUCUGUUCCACGACAUGUUGUCUAUUAAAUUUGUACUAAAAACAA